AAGAGACCUUUCAUAACUCAUUCGGGCUAUGUUGGCAUGGGCCCGAUGUGCAUGCGCCCUGGAGAUAUCACCGUUGUAUUUAUGAUGGCGAGACUGCUUUGCGUCAUUCGUGGCUGUGGCGGCGGGAGUUUUCAGUUCAUUGGGGAGUGCUAG